GGAAGAAGUGGGGCAGGGUCCAGGGCUGGCAAACUUGAGGGGGGCUUGGCUGCUGUAGACCAGGCAAUGUAGAGGCCUGAAUGGGAGAUUCUGGACCCAAAUGGUAAAUGGCCUUGCAGAGAGGUUUCGGGAUUUGCCCCCUGGCUCUCCCACCCUGCUUUUAUCUGCCCUUCUUCCAUAGCUACAUUGGCUCCUGACCUUAAAUUCCUGCUUGGCUGUCACCAGCUAACACCACCUUCUCCCUCCCUGACUGUGUGACACAAAAAGGGAACACUGGGGCAUCUAUGUAUGCCUUCCCUGCCCGACACCAAAUCUCUCCUCCACAGAGGGUCUCCAACAAGCCUGAGCCCAAGGAGCAGGACCUGACAGAGUCAGGACAGGAACUACAGUGGUUGGAGCUGGGCUCAGAGGAGGACCCAGGAACCGGGACAGAAGGGCCUGAUGCUCUCCAGAACUGGGGGUGCCUGCUCCAGGCCGUGUGGCAGGGUCCUCCAGGCCUGGUGAUGCAGCAGCUGCGGCAAGGGGCCAACGUGGAGGAGAGGGACCACAUGGGCCGAACCUCGCUCCACCUGGCCGUGUUGCGCGGCCACGCACCCUUGGUGCGCCUCCUGCUGCAGCGCGGAGCCCGGGUGGGCGCGGUGGACCGCACCGGGCGCACGCCGCUGCACGAGGCCGCUUGGCACGGUCACUCACAGGUGGCGGAGCUGCUGCUGCGGCGCGGGGCCCACGCGGCGCGCUCCAAGGCGGGCCUCACUCCACUGCACUGGGCCGCAGCGCUGGGCCACACGCUGCUGGUUGCGCGCCUGCUGGCCGCGCCUGUCUCCCGCCCCGCGGUGGCGGACGCGUGCGGCUGGACCGCGGCACACUGGGCAGCGGCUGGCGGGCUGCCGGUGCUGGAGCUGCUGGUCGCGGGUGGCCACGCGGACCUGGACGGCGCCUUGCGCGUGGCGGCUGCGGCCGGGCGCACGGCCGCAUUACACCUUCUCCUGGCACGCGGGGCUAAGGUGGACGCCACGGACAGUGCCGGAGCCACGGCGCUUGGCCUAGCGGCCGGCAUGGGCUACCAACAGGACAUUGAGGUACUGCUGGGCCAUGGGGCAGACCCAAACAUUAGGGACAGGAACAGCCGUUCUGCACUCCAUAGGGCUGCAGCUGGUGGACACCUGCCUGCUGUCCAGCUGCUGGUGGCUGGGGGAGCAAAGGUGGAUGCCAAGGACUCACUGGGCCUCACACCCCUGCACUAUGCUGCUCGAGGAGGCCAUGUGGAAGUCAUCAGCCACCUCCUGGACAGGGGUGCACAAGUCAAUGCUGCUGGCUGGCUCCACAAGACACCUCUGCACCUUGCUGUGGAGCGUGGCCACAGCCCCACGAUGGAGUUUUUGCUGAGCAGAGGGGCCAGCCCCACCCUGAGGACACAGUGGGGUGAAGUGGCCCAGAUGUCCAAAGAGGACCUUCCCUGGACUCUGCCUGCCUUUUGUGGGGAGCAGAAAGCAAACUAGGGGCAUGCACGGGCUGGAACUUUUCCCCAUGGGUUAAGCCUCCAUGGCCAGCCACAGCCACACAGAAGGCUACGGUGUCCACUCUGAGGCUGAGACCACCUGCCUUGAAAGGGGGAAAUCACCGAGAGGUUCUUGGAGAAGGAGAUUCAGGAAGUACUGGCUGGAGCCCCAGUCAUGGGCCUGUGGUUGGACUUGGAAUGACCCCGUUUCCUAGGAGUGCCCAUUAACCCUCAACUCCAUCCUCUUCCAUACUUUGUUGAAGGCUGAG